GCAUCGGCCGGAACGCGCCGAGAAGACGUGGGCCGCUCCUUACCCGCCUGGGGCAGGAGACCCCCUCGCAGCAUCCCAGCCACGGCCGCAGCCAUCGCCACCGGAAGAACGGCCGGGAGCCUAGCGAGACGGAAGGAGCUAAGGAUUGUGGGUAGUCCCGGGGCCGGAAGCGGAGGGCGGAGCCGCCGGCUGGAGCAGCAACAAGAAUGCGCCGAGCCCGGCACCGGCGAGCCCGCCCCCCCGAAUGACCCAUCUGGCGUCCAGUCUCCUAGCAACGACGCUAGACUCCUCCAACCGCUCUUUCCAUCCGCACGCGCCACCAUCUACCUACAAGCCCCCUCUAAGCCUGCCCAGAGUCCAGAGGAAGGCGGUGUCUGCAUUACUGAAGCCCUUAUCACUAAGCGGAACUUGGCCUUCCCUGAGGAUGAGGACCUGUCAGAGAAGAUGUUCCACACGCUUGCUGAACUGCAGACUGUCCGCCUGGACCGGGAGGGAAUUACCACUAUCAGGAACCUAGAGGGCCUCCAGAAUCUUCACAGCCUCUACCUGCAAGGGAAUAAGAUUGAGCGAAUUGAGAACCUGGCCUGCGUCCCCUCCUUACGCUUCCUGUCUCUGGCAGGAAACCAAAUCAGGCAGGUGGAAAACCUCCGCGACCUUCCACACCUCCAGUUUCUGGACCUUUCUGAGAACCUGAUAGAAAUACUGAAGCUGGAUGAAUUCCCCGAGAGCCUUCUCAUCCUCAACCUGACUGGAAACAGCUGCACCAACCAGGAUGGCUACAGGAAGCUGGUGACAGAAGCCCUGCCACUGCUCCUGGACCUAGACAGGCAGCCUGUGGCAGAGCGCUGGAUCUCGGACGAGGAUAAAACCUCAAGCGAUGAGGACGAGGAGUUCCCAGAGCUGAGAGGCCCGUUCUGCUCAGAGCGAGGUGACCCUGCUUUCCAAGGCUUGCAGCCUCCCCAGAGCACACCCCUGCCUGCCCUGUGGGAUCUGGGAGAAGCUAAGACAGCGGUGGUGUCUGGGGAGGUGGUCCCAGGGCCAGACCAGCCUGGGCAUGCAGCCUUCCUCAAGGAGCUGGAGCAGGAGGUGAGCAGGCACCGGGGGCACAGGCAGCACACAGCCCUGCUGGAGCACCUGCUGAGGGUGGAGAUGCGGCCCGCCCUCACCGACCUCCCACUGCUGCCGGGGGCGCCCAUGGCCGGGGACAGCAGCCCUUCCGUCACUCCCAGGCAAGGGAAGGAGACAUCCCCGGAGCCCAUCUCCUUGCCACAAGCCUCCUCUGCCACCAAGAAACCAUGCCUUCUGGCUUCCAGGAGCCAGCAAAGCACUGUUCAGGCAGGAAAGGGGGCCAGAGCGGCCACAGCCACCAAGGCCUCGCCGGCUGGGGCCCCCAGCACAACCAAAACUGUGACCAAAAGAAUCAAGAAGUGAAGCGCAGCCCAUCGCUACCAGCAAAGCCCCAGGAACACGGAGGAACAAGGAGUGGAGUGGGUCUCCCCUCCCCCUCAGAACACUUGCCUGUGGCAGGAGCCUGUCCCCAAUAAAGUAUCUCCAGGCCCUG